CGUUAUUGCACGAUUUAUUUAUACUUAUUAUGCACUUUGUACUCGAACCAAUAUUUCGUAAAACUUAUGAUUUUGAAAGAUGUAUUCUGUUACCCAUUAGUCGCGAAACUGAAACCACUACUUUCUCGUUAACGGUAAGCCAAUUACACCGAACGAUUUCAUGUUAUCGUUUCGAUGGAAAUGUGGUUACGUUGCUUUCGUUAUGACAAAUGAAUUUAGCAGGCAAGCAGAACGAUUGGAAAGUCGAAUUUCGAUUGUGCAUUAUUUUUUCGAAUUUCCGUCCGUGCGUGAUAUCGUGUCAUGUAUCAAUAUCGAGAAUUGGAUUUUCUAACUUUUGACACGCUAAUGCGCCUUAAUAGUAAACCACAGGAUGUGUAUAACACUGUAAAUAUGUAAACGAUGCAUUACAUAAUUAAUUACACGCAAUCGUUGCACUGCAGUCAUUGAAUAAUAAGGAUCGUUACUGAAAUUGUUAAAUACUAUCUUAUCGCGGGACGUAAACUUUAGAUAUCAGGAUUUUUAUAUGUAAAAUAAACUUAUGAUUGUGUUACGGAAACAGCUCACGUCAAGCUUACAGUCUCUGUGUAGAGUGCAACGGAGUAUUAUCAAGUUGACGAGAGCGUGCACGACAAUGAAUGAGCCGAUAGUCACAGUAAAGCAAGGCAAAUUACGAGGCACUCUAAUUGAAGGCGCCCUAGGUCCUUGUUACGUCGCUUUUCACGAGAUACCUUUCGCUGCACCUCCCGUCGGAAAACUUAGAUUCAAGGAUCCGGAACCACCUGCUCCAUGGACGGGUAUCAAGGAUGUGUCGAAAUAUGUUGGGAAAGCUUGUCCGCAGAUAGAAGAACGUUCACCUUACGAUAUCAUCGGCGACGAGGAUUGUCUUUACCUCAACGUUUAUACGAACUCCAUUUCCGACUGUACGCGUAAACCAGUUAUGUUCUGGAUCCAUGGCGGCGCUUUUCUCAUAGGAAACGGAUGUUACAAUACCAAGAGGCCCGAUUACUUAGUUACGAAGGAUAUUGUCGUUGUUUUGACUAACUACAGAUUGGGUGCAUUCGGUUUUUUAAAUUUGGGAGACGCGGCUGCGCCGGGCAAUCAAGGCUUGAAAGAUUUGAUCGCAGCUUUGGAGUGGGUGAAGGAGAACAUUGCUGGUUUUGGGGGAGAUCCUGAAAAUGUUACGAUCUUUGGUGCUAGCGCUGGAGGCGCCCUAGUUCACGCUUUGACUGUAUCGCCGUGCGCGCAAGGGUUGUUUCACAAAGCGAUCAUGCAAAGUGGGCUGCUGACUUGCCCCUGGGCUUAUAAUCAGAGUCAUCCAAGUCGCGGUUUCAAGCUUGCGACGUUUCUCGGAAAAGAAUCCACCGAUCCGGUGGAAGUCGUCGAGUUUCUACGAACGAUCGACGCCAAAGAUAUCGUUAAAGCUCAUUCUACUAUUCUUACGCAGGAGGAGGUAAACGGGUGCUGUCUUCCUUUUGGACUGAAUACCGAUAAUUUUGCAGAAUACUCUGUUUUACCAGAAUCAAUGGACCAAUUAAUUUCGAAUGUCGUUGACAUUCCUGUUAUGAUCGGGUAUACAUCACACGAGUACCUUAUGUUUUUUAAAGAUAAAUGCGAGGGUACGAUGAAAACUCACGACAAGAAUCUACCGUUAUACGUGAAAAUCUUAGCGAUGUUGAAAAAGUUAGGGUCAGCAGAAACCGAGGAAUUAUUGAAAACCAUUAAGGAUUGCUAUUUUGACGGACAACCGAUCACUCCAGACAAAGUACAAGAAUUUAUACGGUUUAUGGGUGAUCUUAAUUUUGGCAUUCCAGCCAAAAUGUAUGUAGAGAAUCGAGUAAAGGAAACAUGCUCGCCAAGUUAUUUCUACAAGUUUUCCUACGUUGGUGAACAAGAAACGCACACAGAUCUCUUGCUUAAACGCAUUGUACCUGGAGCCUCGCACGUCGACGAGCUGUCGUAUCUGUUUUACUCGCCUUAUUUAAAAAUUAAAGAUCCUAAACCACCAGCGGUUUGCACGAAAGACAGACUUGUAAUCGAACGUUUAACCACAAUGUGGACCAACUUUGCUAAAACAGGGGAUCCUACACCAUGUCAAGACGACAUUAUCAAGACCACUUGGAAACCCGUGACGAAGGAUAAAUUCAAUUAUUUAGAUAUCGGUGAUGAGUCUGAAUUGUUAACCAUGGAACCGCACGUGUUAAGUUCAAAAUGAUCUAUUUCGGUCAAUGUACAAUAAAAACCAAGUUGUUUUUAUAUGUUUUUUUGUAAUUACGUAUUUUGUCGAGUAUUCUGAAACGCCGAUUAAUUUUAAAACGUCAUUGAAUUCAUGG